AAAGAAAACACCAUUACCCAUAAACCCUCACGAUGACGUUGUAAACCACGGACAUCAAGAUGGUGCUUGAAAGUACUAUGGUCUGUGUGGACAAUAGUGAGUACAUGCGCAAUGGAGACUUUCUGCCCACCCGGCUGCAGGCUCAGCAGGACGCAGUUAAUAUGGUCUGUCACUCCAAGACCCGCACCAACCCCGAAAACAACGUGGGCCUCAUCACCAUGGCAAACAACUGUGAGGUGCUGACCACACUGACUCCAGACACGGGCAGGAUACUGUCCAAGCUGCAUGCUGUGCAGCCUAUUGGAAAUAUCUGCUUCUGUACCGGCAUCAGGGUUGCACACUUGGCACUGAAGCACAGACAGGGCAAAAACCACAAGAUGCGCAUUAUUGCGUUUGUUGGCAGCCCAGUGGAGGACAACGAAAAAGAACUCGUCAAAAUGGCAAAGCGUCUAAAGAAGGAAAAGGUCAAUGUGGAUAUCAUUAACUUUGGAGAGGAGGAGAUGAACACAGAGAAGCUGACGGUCUUCAUCAACACACUGAAUGGCAAAGAGGGAGCAGGCUCCCACCUGGUCACUGUUCCUCCAGGCCCCAGUCUGGCUGAUGCCCUGCUGUCCUCACCCAUCCUGGCUGGAGAGGGAGGUGCAGUGUUGGGCCUGGGUGCUGGUGACUUUGAGUUUGGAGUGGAUCCCAGUGCAGACCCAGAGCUUGCCUUGGCUCUGAGAGUGUCUAUGGAGGAGCAGAGACAACGACAGGAGGAUGAAGCUCGCAGAGCCGCUGUCACAUCUACUGAAGCUGGUAUUGCCUCUCCUGCUGCAGAUGAGUCUGAUGAUGCCCUGUUGAAGAUGUCCGUUCCCCAAACAGAGUCAUCCACACCUGCUCUACCAGACUUCAGCCGCAUGACUGAGGAUGAACAGAUUGCCUAUGCUUUGCAGAUGUCCAUGCAGGGAGAAGGAGCAGAGGACAUGGACACAGGAGCUGACACCAGCAAGGCUAAGGAUGAAGAGGACUAUGAUGUUAUGCAGGAUCCAGAGUUUCUUCAGAGCGUCCUGGAAAACCUUCCCGGAGUCGACCCAAACAACGAGGCCAUCCGUAGCGCCAUGGGCUCCCUGGCUUCCCAGACAGGCUCUAAACCCGACAACAAGAAGGACGAGGAGAAAAAUAAAUGAACACCUAAAGAAGAACUUAAUAUAUGAUAUGAAUAAAAAAAGACCAGAGAAUUGCACCGCAUGUGUUAUUCACAGUUACAUUAUUACCCUCCUCCGUACAGGUACCAUUUUGUUUAUGUGGCUGUGUGCAGGCUGUGUAAACUGGAAACAAUGUUUGCUUUUUUUCAACUUAAGGUUAAAGGCCUAUUCUGAUUUCAUUUUUUGUGUCAAGCAGAAAUGCUUUCUUUUGAAUCUUUUGUAAUAUAGCUACUCAGUAAGAAGGCAGAUGUCCUCAAUAAAUUUACAUAAUACAAGGUGGU